AUGAGUACCCGUGUUUUUGUGGGUGGCUUGACCUACAAAAUCCGAGAACGGGAUUUGGAAAAGUUUUUCCGCAAGUAUGGCAGAAUUAAAGAGGUAUCCAUGAAAAAUGGGUACGCAUUCGUAGAGUUCGAUGAUCAUAGAGAUGCAGAUGAUGCCGUUUACGAAAUGAAUGGUAAAGACUUGAUGGGGGAUAGAGUUACAGUGGAAAGGGCCAGGGGUACACCGAGGGGAAGCGAUCAGUGGAGAGGUAGCGGCGAAAGAGGAGGCGGAGGCGGCGAUCGUGGGGGAAGAGGUUAUGGGCCUCCGCGCGGCAGCAGAAAUGAUCCUCCGAGGGGACGCGACAAGUAUGGCCCCCCAACUAGAACUGAAUACAGAGUUGUAGUGGAAAAUCUGUCCAGCAGAGUAAGCUGGCAAGACCUAAAAGACUACAUGAGAAAAGCUGGCGAAGUUACAUAUGCAGAUGCCCACAAACAAUGUAUUAAUGAAGGUGUAGUAGAAUUUGCUUCUUACUCGGACAUGAAAAAUGCCAUUGAAAAAUUAGAUGAUACUGAGAUUAAUGGCCGUAGAAUAAGAUUAACAGAAGAUAAACCUAGAGGUGGUGGUAAAAGGUCCAGGUCUAGCAGCCACAGCCGUUCUAGAUCACGCUCCAGGCGUCGAUCCAGGUCCAAGUCACAAUCAAGAAGCCGUAGCGGCUCUAGAAGCCAUUCAAAAUCCAAAUCCCCAGCCCGUUCCAAGUCUCGCUCUCAUUCCAAAGGUCCAUCUAAGUCUAGAUCCAGAUCACCCCAAAAUGGGUCCAGAUCACAUUCCAAAGAAAAUGAUGAACCAGUUGUAAGGUCCCAUUCAAGGUCAGUCAGCAAUGAAAGAAGUUAG